UAUAAAGCAUUUCUUUCCUUUUCUUUCAUAGUGUACACGUACGGUAUCUUAACGUAUUUGUGUUUUACGUUAUUUUUGGCUAUUGCAGAUUAUGUGUAUAUUUUAAACAUAUGAACAUGAAGAGGUUAUUCCAGUUAACAAAUAGACAAAAUGUUUCAUCGGUAUCAGCUCAAAUUCGAUAUAAACAUCGUCGACCUGAAUGGUAUCAAUACCGUCGCCCUACAGAACCUCAUGAAUUAGCUAGAGAAUUCUUUGAUGGAUUAUAUUCGAAAAGAUUCGUUAAAGAUUGGCCUCCGAUUCGAUGUGCUAUGAUGUCACGAAAAAAAUACGCUGCCGUUAUUAAUAAUCAUACAUAUAGUUACGAAAUUGAGAGAGAAUUAGAAGAAAGUGGAGCAAUUGACAUUGUUUCAGUGCUUCAUAAUAAAGCAAAAGUUAUGUGUGAACUGAUUACUAAAGAUAUUGUGAAGGAACGAGAGAAAGUGAGGGAUGAUAUAAUGAGACAUCCAGAAGCGGAAACAGCAGAAGAAAGAGCUAGUUUUAUAGAGGAACAAUUGAUAACAAAUGAUAAAUUGCAGUGGCUAAAUGAACAGUUACGAACGUUUCAAAAGUUAUCAAAUGUUUGUUAUGGAUUAAAAGUGUAUGCUUAUCCGAAAAGAAACCUGACCGAAUUUGUGGAUGCAUAUGAGCGACAAAGCAGUAGCUCUAUAUUAAAUUAUUUUCUUCUCGAUGGAUCGUCUAUUUUACCUAUUUUGGCAUUAGACCCGCAAAGUAAUGAGCAUAUACUUGAUGCAUGUGCUGCACCCGGAGGAAAAUUAAUGUGUAUAAUGCAAAUUUGUAAAGAUGGAUCAGGUUCAAUUAUUGCCAAUGAUAUCUCCAGUUCUAGGGUGAAACGGUUGAAAAAUGUCCAGAAUGAAUAUAUUCCAAAAAAUGCUUCAAUCAGAGAAAGAAUGAAAGCAACAAAUUUAGAUGCAGCAGAGUUGGGAGAGAUUGAACCAAAUACCUAUGACAAGGUCUUAGUUGAUGUUCCUUGUACAAAUGACAGGGAUUCUAUAUUGUCAUCAGUUGAAUCCAGGGACAAUAUAUUUUCUGAAUUGAGGAAAAGAGAAAGAGCCAAUUUGCCACAAGUUCAGUCUGACAUAUUAAGGAGUGCUAUCUUAUCAUGCAGACCAGGAGGAACUGUUGUUUACUCAACAUGUACUGCUUCAUUGCAACAAAAUGAAUACGUGGUGCAAAUGACAAUUCAACAACUUCUUCACACAUAUGGAAUAUCAUGUGAAAUUGAAAAUCUGACACCCUUGACUAAUUUGCUCAAAGAUUAUUUUCAUUACUUCCAAGAAACAGAAUUGGGAAUUCUAACAUUACCUUUUUUAGAAGCAAAUUUUGGUCCGGCAUAUAUGUGCAAAAUUAUUAGAACGAGGUGACCCUCAUUUCAAUUUUUUUAAUACACUUUAAACACAAUUUGAAUAUGUAUUAUGGAGCCUGAUUUGAAUCGUACAUGGAUGCAAAUAGCUUAUUAAUAUCUCACCGAUAAGAGCAAAACAGUUAUCAAAUAUUGGUUAGAACCCUGUGUAGUGCAUAAGUGAUACAAUUUGAGGCAAUAGUUCCAAUUUAACCCGUAAGGAGCCAUAUAUAUAUAUAUAUAUAUACAUAUACAAACUCUACCUACGAAAGGCUUCGGAUACGAAAAAUCCAACUUACGAAAACUCUUCUGGUAAAAAUAUUGCUUCGACUAACCUAAGAUUUUCUACAUACAAAAUGCCGAAAACUGAGACCCAAAACUGAAAACCAAGAAUACCGAAUAUGGCUCGCUGUAUAUCAUUCAAUAUUGAGUUUCCUUGAAUGAUUCAGUGGCGUGAACUUUACAAGCAUACAGAUAUGAUUAUAAUCCACUGUAACCAUCUAUAUUCGAAUCAUGGUUUGCUACACAUGUAACUUUACUAUACCCAUAAAUAGACAUGCAUCACGUUUAUAGCAUCUACUGAAAAGGUAUUAAACCAAAUGCAGAAUGUAAAAUAUGUUGAAUGCUGGUUAUCCUGGUUCAUUCAAGUUGUAAGAAAGAAAAAGUAUACCAACUCCGGUUAAAAUAAAACAAAAGUUUUUGGGUGAAAUAUAAGGUAGAAGGUGAAAAAGGUAAUGCCUUUUUACAACUUCCUCGUGUUAAGUACUGAAAUAUGAAAUCCAUUGGGUUCAUCGGUUGUGGAGAGAGUGAUUAAUAUCAAUGACACGGUUACAGCAGUAACAAUAGGAAUUUAACCGAACUAUCUACAUUGCUGUAAGACAAUGAUUUUCAAUCUUUUCUGAAUCGCGGAACACCAAAUGAAAGUUUCAGAUCUUUCGGAAAUAAUCUAUCCAAUUAACUAAUAAUCGUCUUAAUCGCUUGGCAUAAAAGGGAACUCGCGAAAAGACCAACAGCUCAUCGACAGGAGUUGAAGUACGCCUAGCAAAUACAGGGAUGCUAAUAGUACAAAUGAACGUUUAUUAAACUCUGACGCUGAACAAAGCGCCGAAAUACCAAGGAGAAUUAUCAAAGAUUGGCUAUAUAUAGCUAGAAAUAGUCGUGACAUUUGAAAUUGUUUUUCUAUAACGUCAUGACGUUUUUUGUGAAUACGUCGGUCAAGCACAAUUUGCGAGCUAGUGUAUGGAUGUGCAGAGCUAGCGAUAUAAAGAGUCAUGGACGUUGCCUAUCAUGUCUGGUACUCUGGUUUGCUGUGUUUUGUCAUAAUUGUUUUCGAUUUACAGUGAUCGGUACUAAAAUCUCAACUCGAAAAUUCCGUUUGGCAUUGGGAUUUAUUCGUCAAAAAAUGUGUGGACGAAACUCGAUUGUUUUUUCCCCAUUGGACAUUAGAAAGUUUAUAUUUCGAAUGGAUGUACGUGAAGUUGUCAGCUUCAACCAGGUCUCCGGUAACACAAUAUUUUCUCCGAAUAGAAAAAGACAGAAGUAUGCACUCCCAAAAGCAACAUUUGGAUCCGGAAACCAGUAAUUUCUUGAGUACCCAGUUGAAAUGUUCAAAAAUAUAGAGUUUUAGAUCA